GUUACGAGGUUCGUCGGUAGACAUCGCAUGAGUGUUCUCUACGAGAGAUGCACGUUCGACACAUGCAAAUUCUAGCAGCGCCAUCUCAGAAGGAGAUUCUUAAGAGAUCUGUGUGAACAAUGACCUCCUGGAAAUCUUGCUGGCAUUCUGUCGAAAGCGGCGCGGCAGAUCCUCUUCCAAAAUGCUCACUUUUGGAAGUGAAGCGAUAUGUCGAUGUUCCUCGCCUCUUACGAUAGUCUGUCCGAGAUACAAUAGAAUUGUCUCGCUCAAAAGUAGGAAGUGAGUAUGACUUGAUCGAGACUCAUAACCAUCCAGAAUGUGAGUCGAACAAUAGCAGAAAUAGAGUGAGGUUGUCCACAAGUUCCAUCAAUUCCUUCAUGCACGAGGUGAACCAUAGCUUCUCUCGAUUUGAAAGAGUUCACUUUUGCCUGACUCUCUACCUUCUCUUCAAGAUUCAUCGACCUCGAGCCUUUUGUCCUCUCAAGCCGCACUAUUUAUGUUACCCUUUCUAUCCAGUCCGAUACUGCAUCACAAGAACCAUGUGCAGCCGUGCUCCCCACCCCACAGCCUUGCGCACCAAGAAGAAGCAAGGCUUCAGACAACCUCCUGGUUUGAACCUGCUCAAGUCUACUCCGCUUAUUCGUUCUUCUCCUCAAUUUCUCAACAUGGACGGCAUGGGAGACGUGUGGGACUUGGGAGGCUAUGGCGACAAGGCACUUCAACCCGGCACAGACAUUGAGCCUGACACAGGUGGUCAGCUUGACAAAGAUGUCAUGGACGACUCCGAUGAUGGCGACGGUCCUGACGACCUGGACGAAGUGAGGCACAUCUCAUACACUGCAGGACUCCGCACAAAGGCUUUCCAAUCCGAGAAGGUUCGUCUGGCCAAGAAGUUUCUCCGCGAACUCGAUGAUGAGAUCACUGGAGGCGAGCUUAGCAGAAUGACAAGCUCUUCUGGUGGCAUCAAGAUCGUCUGGAACAAGAGAUACUCCAAGAAGGCUGGCAAUGCUAGCACAAAGAUCACUCGCGGCGUGGUGACAUACAGCGCCACAAUCAGCUUGUCCGAGAAGUUCCUCACCAACAGAACCCGCCUACUCAACACUCUCGCCCACGAGUUCUAUCACGUUGCAGACAACUUCAUCAGCAACAAGCAUGGCCAUGGUACAUCGUUCGAGUCAUGGGGUCGCAAGUGCACCCAGGCUUUCGGACACCGCGGCAUUGGCAGGAUCGAGACUUACCACAAGUACGACAUGGAGUUCGAUUACAUCUGGACUUGCACCAACGACGAUUGCGGCAAGGAGUUUGGUCGUCAUUCCAAGAGCAUUGAUCCAGACAAGGUUCUCUGUGAUGACUGUGGUGGUGCUAUCGUACAGACGAACCCUAUCGCUAGAGCUCUUCGCAACCGCCGCGACUGGAAGGGAGGCAAUCUCUAAGUCGCAUCGAGAACGUUCUCUGUCGCAUAGACAAUGAAGGCACGGUAUAAUUCUGCGUAGCAUCAAGACAAACAGCACCCGAGUGCGUAAAUCACCUCCCUUCGU